AACACUACUAUAUAACAAAUAAUUUGAGGCAUCAGGAUGUUGCUGUUUAUUCUAUUGAACCUGUUUUGGAAAGCAACUGGAGAAGUGUACAGCUCUUAUGAGAAUGUAAGGCAUAUCAACAAGAUCGAGAAUCAACUGGUGCAAUUGCUUGGGGAUUACAUCUCGGAAGAACGUGAGCGUCUCAACACGUUGGAACGGUUUCAGCAGUAUGUUGCAGACAGUAAAAACUAUACAGAACCAGACUCAUACAUUAGCUACCCUACCAAUCAGUUUAAUGUGAUACAUAGAUUUGUUGCGGACUGGAAUAACCUGCAAGAAUGGACAAAUAGUAGGAGCGAGGCCAUCACUUCAGCAUACCAAAAUUACAGACAAUAUUUUCCUGGCCAGAAUGAUGUCAAAGGAGCAAUAAAAGCUAUACAUCGACUGCAGGAUAUUUACAAAAUCAAAGCUGGCCACUUUUCUAGGGGAGAUCCACUGGGGCCUGGAGACGGUGGCUUGGUGAGAGGACAACCCCUUAACAUUAAGGCUCUCCUGCUAUUUGUUAAGGAUGCAUAUGAAAAUGAAGAGUGGCGGAAGUGUGCAGGUUGGGGACAACAAGCCUACUAUCAACUCCAAACAUUCCGAGAACACGACCCUUCCACCACAAUAUGGUUCGACAUCACUGACCACUUUGCUUUCUGUUUGUAUAAAACUGAGGAAAUACAGCACGCUGUGGAGAUAACUACUGAAAUGAUGGUUCACUAUCCUGACCAUGAUCGACUUAAAGGCAAUAUGAAGUUCUUCAAAGGGCUUGUUGAAAAGGGAGAAGUUGCUGUUGACGAAUCCAGAGGGAAGAGAAGUGUGGUAUCGGAGCCUCUCCCCAGUCUUGAAGAGGAUGGCGAGGUAGAGGUGGAGAUAACAUACGUUCCUAAGCUGUACCCUGGGGCUGACCAGACUAUACUGUCAGAGGAGACGAUUGAGGAUGAAAUUCAGGACAGGCACUAUAAGAAGUGGGGCGAGAGGAUAAAGAAGUAUAAGAAGUUGUGUAAAGAACGUCCUGCACUCACUCCCCAGAUCAAGCAGCAGAUAGAAAGACUUACCUGUUAUUACAAACAAAACACACCCAGGAGCUACCUAAAGCCCAUUAAAGUUGAAGUUGUCUGGCCUUCCCCCCGGAUUGUCGUAUUCUACGACAUAGUUAGUGACGAGGAGGCUAAUAUAAUGAUGGAACUCGCUCAACCUCAUUUGAAUAGAGCGACGGUGCACAACAAGAACACAGGUAAAUUAGAGAACGCUGAGUACAGAGUGAGCAAGACAGCGUGGCUAGAUGACGACAUGACUGAGGACAAGGGGCGGAUCGUCCGCAGGAUAAACCGGAGGAUGGAAGACGCUACGGAGCUCAGUCACGACUACGCAGAACUCGAUCAGGUCAAUAACUACGGCAUGGCCGGACAGUAUGAGCCGCACUAUGACAUGGCUACCCGAGAGGAGAAAGCUUUCCUAGACCACGAAGGAGGAAAUCGUGUGGCUACUCUUCUGUUUUACAUGGGAAAGACUGAUGCUGGUGGGGCAACGGUCUUUAUAGAUGGUGGAGUGAGGUUACCCCCCACCCAAGUGAGUCAGCAGCGGACACUGCAUUUCUUGUGAGGCAUUGUCAUUUGUCACUUUUAUGUUUGAAGAUCCUCCCUUCAAUUGAUUUUCUGCAUGUGAAAAAGCGUGUGGUUGAAUGGUGCUUUAAAAAC